AUGCUGUAUCGCGCGCUUGCUUCAGGAACACCCCUUGUCGUUUCUGGGAUCAAUCCCGGAGAGAGUAAUCUGACGCCGGAAUACUUCAUCUCGCGGCAUGGCAAUGAAGAGGUCACAGUCAUCAAUACGAAGACUGGUGCCGAUAGGGUUCUUCAAUUGAAGGACUUUAUGCAUAGCUUCACUGUGCCAUCUGCCGACGUUGAGCCGGAGAAGCUCAAGGACUGGCCACCGACGAGGGGUUUUGAGACGGCAUUCCCGGACAUGUUCAAUAUUUUCGAAGAUGCUUUAGUUGGUCCCAUACUAACUUCGAAGUCUGGGCCACUGAAUAUGGAGACAAAUAUGCCGUCCGGCUCGUGCCCGCCUGAUACAGGUCCGAAAGCGUAUAUUGCUCACACAGGUGUCGGUGGGACCACUACCCGGUUACAUUGUGAUGUAACCGACGCUGUCAAUCUCAUGAUCUCCUCGACACGUGCAAAGGGUGACAGCGAGGAUGGUGCACUGUGGACGAUGAUCAAUCGGGAUCAUAUGGGCUUGGCUGCGAGCCUGCUGAAGGAGUGGAAGGCGGGCGAGUUCACCGGACACCCUAUACAUUCCCAGGAGAUUGUUCUCACCGAGGAAGACGUCACUCGUCUUCGGGGGCAUGGAGUACACGUCUGGACUCAUGUGCAGAAGCCUGGCGAAGCCGUAUUCAUCCCAGCGGGUGUAGGCCAUCAGGUCAUGAACCUAUCCUCCUGCGUCAAGAUCGCCGUCGACUUUGUCAGUCCCGUUAACAUAUUACACUCGAACAGGAUCGGGGAAGAAUUGCGCCAGCAUCGGCUCGACAGCGGGGACCGCGAAGCACAAGACAUCUUACAGUUGGACCAAAUGUGCUGGUGGUUCUUUGUGCGAUCACAGACUGACGAAUACAGCCGUGCUCGCCUUGAUCCCGCCUCGGAUCCCUGGCUGUCUCAAUAUUCUGCAGCGCCUCGCUAUCUACAAGUCCCUGUACACAUCGACACUGUUAAACAUGCUGACAAAGAGCCCAUGCGCGAAGAGCCCGUGCGCGAAGAGCCCAUGCGCGAAGAGCCCGUGCGCGAAGAGCUCAUGCGCGAAGAGCCUAUGCGCGAAGAGCCCAUGCGCGAAGAGCCCGUGCACGAAGAGCCCGUGCGCGAAGAGCCCAUGCAUGAUGUUCACGACAUGGACGUGAAUAUGGAUCAUACUGUGAUUUCCAAAGGGACGUCUCACGACCCGACGCCGUCACCUCAUCAAGCGACAGAAGGUCCUCCGUCCCUGGUCGUUCCUUCGAAGCGCUCUGAUCGCGCACUGACGCGCACGGAUCUUCGUCGCCCUGCCACCGCGCAUACCCCCACAACCGAUCUGCGUACAUUCCCUACGACCCGUGCAUUUGCUAGACGACCCACUUCCGGGAACGUAGCCGACGUUCCGCCUGUACACGAUGCUUCGACCACUCCUGCGAAAAGGCGCAAGAGCGCUGAUGAGGAUAGUCAGUCCGAUGUGCGGGAAGGACAUCAAAGUGGUGCUCUCGAGCGAGAGGUUGGAUUCUUGAAGGUCAUGGACGUGUCUUCGUCGCACCCCUACCGGCCGGACAUCAUCGACUCGCUCGCACCACCCUUGGCCUUCGGCAUCUUGAAGUGGCUCAAUGUGCGCAAUUUGUUGGCCGUCGAGACACAAGCAGUACACGCGCCUGCACUGUGGCGCGUGCACUGUCUGCGCAUAACCGCAUCGGAUCCCGUCCCUGUUCGUGCGCCGAAGACCCUGGAGGGCUGACGUGUACACCUGUCCUCCGCCGCGGCAGCAGCUUGCAGGCUAUCUCAGCGGCAUUCGGCCGUCGCGCUGUCUUCGACGAAACUUGUGUCACCCGGUGCGGAUAAGGCGCUCGUGUGUUGGGUUUGGAGGGCGGAGAGAAAGAUUGUGCGGCAAGCCCGCCCUGUGUUUCUCAAUAUGCUGCGAUGGUUCGCCGCGCGGGGAAACGCUAUGACAAGCGCAAUCAAGUCUGUCAUCCUCCACUGGCAAUGGACCGAAGCCGAAGAGUCAACUCCGACAAGUGAAGCCCAGCUCGCUCUCCCCAUCACCCGGUCCUCUGCCUUCCCCGCCCAUCUCAAUGCGCCCAGGCGCCGACGGCCCGCGCUGGUCCACACUCAACUCUUCAACCUUCUCGCGCGCAAGCAUGGGCGGCCCGCAAAAUGCGCACGCAAACCCUCCGCCGAGUCUGUUGUCGAGACGCCGGAUCUUGCGAUCGGUGCUGCGAGCAAGAGGAGUGUCGUCUCUGCUACAGAGUUUAGCUCGCGCGCUGGGACGGAUUGUCGGAUGCACAUGUUGACCCAUCGCGACCGCGAACCUAUCCGCCAGGCCAAGGACUCUGACUACGACGACUGA